AUGGACGAACCUUCUGGCUGCCCUCAAGCCUUUCCUUUAUUUCCCCGCCUCCCUCUAGAAUUACGUGAGCAGAUCUGGUCCGAGGCCUUGCCCAGCGCCGAUGAGCCAGCCCUUUACUUCUACAGGAAAUGGUGCUUAAGCCCUGGGCCAUUGAGCAAUGGUGCCGAGCCGGAAUCGGAACAAACCACCCUCCAUUCUCGCCAUGAGACUCCUAGAAAUAUCCCGCUGAACGCGCCCGCAUUGCCCUUCGUCAACCAUGAGGCCCGCGAGAUUGUUGCGCGCUGGAUGCGGGAUCAUCGAGCCAUCAAUCGGGGCUGUCGAGAUGGGCAAGAUCAAAUUUUCGUCCGAGACUUCGACCCCGCUCUCGAUAUCGUUUGCGUCGCGCCCAGCAAGUGGCUAGAAUUCCUCACUGAGCUCUACGAUCGGUCCUUUGCGCCCAAUCUCCUGGCCGGGCACCGUACCACGCACAGCAUGGAUAACAAGUAUUUUGCCCUUUGUCAUACAUUGCCGAGUCGCGACUUGUCUCCAAUUCCUGGAAUAUUUUACAUGCUGAAUCAGAUCGAGGUAUUGAUCAUUGUACUCAAUAUGCCUGUCUCCGCGGAGGGGGCUAAGACACAAACGAAUGAUUCAUACACGCCCAAGACCUUUCAAGAAUGGGGACUCCAUUGGAACCCUCAAACCCGUGACUUUGUCCCAGAGAGUCACCACAUUUUGGGCGAUCAGAAGCUUCGCGGGCUAUUCGAGAGGGCUGUCACAGGACUUCGGAACACAUUGAACAACAUCGACCAAAGCAUUAGGCAGCUUGAGAUUCGAGCUGCUUACAUCUCUUAG